UCUCUCUAUCUCAGGUCACUCCCUCCUCCGCGCUGUCAGCAGCAGCUCCUUACGCGGUUCAAACUUAGCUCUUUCGCUCCGAAUCUGCUCCGUCGUCACUUUUCUUUAGUUCUCGCCUGUUUUUUUAAAAGCUUUAAACUGUUUUUAGUCGUUUGCUGAGGACUGUGACGCGAAGACUCGCGGAAGGGAGGACUUGUCGAGUUUUCUUCGCCAGCAGCAGUUGAAGAGCAGCGGGGGGAGAUGACCAGCUGAGGACUGGGAAUCUUAAAAAAAAACACGGGGCCUGUUUCUGUAAUGAUUGAUCAAUGCUGCCACAAUGGCGUUAAAGGCACAGGUUUUAUAUGACUUCGCCGCUGAGCCCGGCAACAAUGAGCUGACAGUGAGAGAAGGCGAGACAAUCACUAUCACCAAUAAGGGUAUUGGAGGGGGUUGGAUUGAAGCACAGAAUUCAAGAGGAGAAGUUGGACUGGUGCCUGAAGAUUACAUUGAGUUCAAAAAUGAAUUUCCUGCAUUUCCAGCAGCAUCGACGGCACCCCCUUCAAAUGCAGAAAACGUCGCAUAUCAGGACCUUUCUGUCUUUGAUGCAUUUGCACCUCUAUCAACAGCUGCACAAUACCAGGUGGAAUCUGGGGCUUUGAAUCCCGUUCCAGACACCCCAGACACCCCAGUUACCCCUUUCUUCCCGUCCCCCGAGGAGGCCAGCAAUGGUAAUGAUCCCUGGUCAGCAUGGAAUGCAGACCCUUCAGGGGGCACAAGCAACAACUGGGCGUCUAAUCCAGAGGGCACUCAGACUGGGAAGAGUGCUGCUGACCCCUGGGGCAAUGUAUCACAGGGUCACCCUCAGGCUUACCAAGGCCCAGCGGCAGAGGAUGAUGAGUGGGAUGAUGAAUGGGAUGACAUGAAAUCAAGUGCCGUCUACACAGAAUCUGGGGAAGCUGGUGGAAUACAGAGAGGAGGAAUGCAUGCUUCGUCAAUGAAAAUAUCCCUCAAUAAAUUUCCAGGAUUCUCCAAGUCUGGUCCUGAGCUCUACCUUCUGUGUAAACAGAUUGCAAAAGGGAAAGACAAGCUGUCAAUAUACGUGGGUGAGGUUGGUCCUGUAUGGUCUUACCCAGAAACCCAGAUAGACUGCAUCGUAGCUGAUCCCAAGAAAGGAUCCAAGAUGUACGGCCUCAAGAGCUACAUAGAGUACCAAAUCACACCCAAUACAACAAACCGACCUGUCAAUCAUCGAUACAAGCACUUUGAUUGGCUCUAUGAGAGACUCCUGGACAAAUUUGGGUCGGCCAUUCCAAUUCCCUCUUUGCCAGACAAGCAGGUGACAGGGCGUUUUGAGGAGGAGUUUAUUAAGAUGCGCAUGGAGCGGUUGCAGGGUUGGAUGUCCAGGAUGUGCAGACACCCUGUUAUUUCUGGCAGCGAUGUGUUCCAGCUUUUCCUCACAUACAAAGAUGAAAAGGACUGGAAGAUGGGGAAGAGAAAAGCCGAAAAAGAUGAGACGGUUGGAGUGAUGAUCUUCACCACAAUCGAGCCAGAAGCUGCAGACCUGGAUCCUUCAGAAGUGGAGCAGAAAUGUGAGCAGUUCAGUAAGUUUACCAAAGCCAUGGACGACAGCGUGAAGGAAAUCCUCACUGUGGGAAACGAGCACUGGAAGAGAUGCACAGGACCUCUGCCAAAGGAAUACCAGAGAAUAGGAAAAGCCUUGCAGAACCUCUCUACUGUCUUCACAAGCAGUGGAUACCAAGGUGAGUCGGCUCUAACCGAUGCCUUGACGGCAGCUGGAAAGACCUACGAGGAGAUAGCCCAGCUGGUGGCAGAGCAGCCUAGGAAAGAUCUUCACUUCCUCAUGGAGACCAAUAAUGAAUAUAAGGGUCUCCUUGGAUGCUUCCCAGAUACCAUUGGGGUCCAUAAGGCAGCUAUAGACAAGGUGAAGGAAGGGGACAAGCUGGUGGCUGCCAACAAAAUUACCACUCCCGACAAAGUAGCCAUGUCCAAACGUCUCAGCACCAUGUCUUACACUUUACAAGCUGAAAUGAACCACUUCCAUAGCAACCGUAUCUACGACUACAACCGGGUCAUGCAGCAGUACCUGGAGGAGCAAGUCAAGUUUUACGAGACGAUUGCUGCAAAGCUGAAACAAGCUCAUGGUCAGUUCACUACAAUGUGAGAGCAGUCUCACACUACAAGACACAACGUUUAAUCAAAUCCUGCCAAAAGUUCUUUUGCUUGCGUUGCAUCUUUACUCUCUCACUCUACAAUUAAAAUUUCACUUCUGUAUUUCUUGCACGCUGACCCCAUCUCUUCUUCCACUGACUUUGCCAACAGUUACAGCUUAUUUUGUUGCUUUCCUCCACCGGCUUAUGCACAAAUAAUGAGUGCAAGAGCUGGAAGGUUUCAGUAUUUAGGGUUUUCAGGAAAAGCAGUGUUGACGGAUUAAAUACGACACACUCUGUCCAAGGUCCGCAGCUUGUAACACAGGAUGUCAACAUCCUAGCUGCACUUUGAGCAGCCAUGAUUUCUUUCAUUUUACACGAGUUAAACAGCAUUAAUGCCAACUUUGCAAUUUGCAGUCACGCACUGAGGUUUCGUCUACAAAAACCAAAGCUGUUCUCUACUGUCACAAUCACAUAUAAAAGCUUUACUACACAUUUCUCAGCUGACUGCAGAUUUAUUUGAGUCAUUGCUUUUGUUUCAUGUAAAUGUUCAUCAGCUUGCUGAGCCAAAGCAGGGGUUCAGCAAAGCCAAAGGCAGAUUGUACGUCCUCUGCAAUUUCACUGCUGGCAGUGCCUUACUCGAUUUCAUCCUGCGCUUCCUCAAAAGCUAACAGGAAACUCCACCUCCUUCCUGCGUGACACACAUUUUUUUCCCCUUUUAGAAACUAGAGAUGCUGUUUGGACCUACUGUUAAGCCUCACUUCACACUCUGUCAAGAACCAAAAUGUGCAGUGAGAAAAAAA